CUACCACCACCGGCACCACCACCACCACUACCACCACAGCCGCCGCCACCACCACACCAAUGCAUCGCUCGGCUCUCUCUCUCACGCAGCAGCAGGGGCGUGUGGCAGCCGCCCUCAGCCACACAGCUCUGACUUACCACGCCCCGCCCAAUGUAGCCCCAGUCCACGUCCCCACCAAGGCCGCCGCCACACAGCACGGCCUGCACACCGGCCCGUCCCGCCUGCUGGAGACUGUGCCCACCCCCCCGUCUGGCCCCGCCGCGCAGGUCACCCCACAAGGCUGGAAGGUGGCCGCCGCACCUCCCGCCGAGGGCGAGGCAGCGGCGCCCCUCGUCAAGGAAGCAGAGGCGCUGGUGGAGGCUGAGGCUGCACAGACUGAGGCGGCACCAGCAGCAGCAGCAGCAGCAGCUGAAACAGAAACUGCUCCUGCUACAGAGGCUGAAGCUGCACCAGCUGUAGAGACUGAAACUGCACCAGCUGCAACAGCCGCACCUGCUGCAGAGGCUGAAUCUGCACCGGUUGCGGAGGCAGAAACUGCACCAGCUGUAGAGGCAGAAGCUGCAUCAGCUGUGGAGCCAGAAGCUGCACCAGCUGUGGAAGCAGAAGCUGCACCAGCUGUGGAGACAGAAGCUGCACCAGCUGUGGAGGCAGAAGCUGCACCAGCUGUGGAGGCAGAAGCUGCACCAGCUGCAGAGGCAGAAGCUGCACCAGCUGUGGAGGCAGAAGCUGCACCAGCUGCAGAGGCAGAUGCUGCACCAGCUGUGGAGGCAGAAGCUGCACCAGCUGUGGAGGCAGAAGCUGCACCACCUGCUGCAGCUGCACCUGCAAUAGAAACAGAAGCUGCAUCAGCUGCAGAGGCCGAAGCUGCACCAGCUGCUGAAGCUGCACCUGCAGCAAAAACAGAAGCUGCACCAGCUGUGGAGGCAGAAGCUGCACCAGCUGCAGAGACAGAAGCUGCACCAGCUGCUGCAGCUGCACCUACAGUAGAAACAGAAGUUGCACCAGCUGUUGAAGCCGAAGCUGGACCAGCUGCAGAGGCUGAAUCUGCACCAGCUGUAGCAGAAACAGAAGCUGCACCAGCUGCAGAAGCCGAAGCUGCACCAGCUGCAAAGGCUGAAGCUGCACCAGCUGCAGUAGAAACAGAAGCCGCACCAGCUGCAGAAACCGAGGCUGCACCAGCUACUGCAGCUGAACCUGCAGCAGAAACAGAAGCUGCACCAGCUGUUGAAGCAGAAGCUGCACCAGCUGUAGCAGAAACAGAAGCUGCACCAGCUGCAGAAGCCGAAGCUGCACCAGCUGCAGUAGAAACAGAGGCCACACCAGCUGCAGAAACUGAGGCUGCACCAGCUACUGCAGCUGCACCUGCAGCAGAAACAGAAGCUGCACCAGCCGCAGAAGCCGAAGCUGCACCAGCUGCAGAAGCCGAAGCUGCACCAGCUGCAGAGGCCGAAGCUGCACCAGCUGUAGAGGCCGAAACUGCACCAGCUGCAGAAGCCGAAGCUGCACCAGCUGCUGCAGUUGCACCUGCAACAGAAACAGAAGCCGCACCAGCUGCAGAGGCUGAAGCUGCACCAGCUGCAGAAACCGAAGCUGCACCAGCUGCAGAGGCUGAAGCUGCACCAGCUGCAGAGACCGAAGCUGCACCAGCUGUAGAGGCCGAAGCUGCACCAGCUGCAGAAGCCGAAGCUGCACCAGCUGCAGAAGCCGAAGCUGUACCAGCUGCAGAGGCCGAAGCUGCACCAGCUGUAGAGGCCGAAGCUGCACCAGCUGCAGAAGCCGAAGCUGCACCAGCUGUAGAGGUCGAAGCUGCACCAGCUGCAGAAGCCGAAGCUGCACCAGCUGUAGAGGUCGAAGCUGCACCAGCUGCAGAAGCCGAAGCUGCACCAGCUGCAGAAACCGAAGCUGCACCAGCUGUAGAAGCCGAGGCUGCACCAGCUGCAGAAGCCGAAGCUGCACCGGCUGCAGAGGCCGAAGCUGCACCAGCUGCUGAGGCCGACGCUACGCCAGCUGCAGAGACUGUGGCAGAAACUGAAGUUGCUGCAGCAGCAGAGUCUGAGGUAGCAGCUGCACCAGAACCAGAGGCAGCGGCUGCACCAGAAACUGAAACAGCAGCAGCAGAGACGGCGGCAGAACCAGAGGCAGCAGCAGCAGCAACAGAGGCGGCGGCUGCACCAGAGACAGAAGCAGCGGCAGAGCCACAGCCAGAGCCAGAACCAGAGCCCGCCCCAACCUUCUUCCAGAGGCUAAGGAAAGUGUUCUUCAGGUGGUAAACAAACCUCACCGACACCUUACAUCCUACCCUACCAUACCCCACCCUUGCCACCGACACCCUACACCUAGCUGCCACCCUAGCUGCCACCCUGGCAGCCGGCACCCAGGCACACCAAUGCCCCCCCCCUCCACCCUCUUCUCUAGCAAAUCAAUGGCAACACACAAGAGGAAGUGAGCCACAGUGUGUGUGUGUGUGUGUGUUGACAACGGUGUGUGAUGCAAAGGCUGGGAUGGAAAUGUAGAAAUGCAGAAAAAAAGGAAGAAAUACCUAUGAAGAAAAAGAAAUAUGUACAUGAAAACAAGGAAGAGAAAGAAAAAAAGUAAGAAAGACUAGAGGAAAGAAGAGAAAAUAAGACAAAGAAAAGACACCAUUGAAAACAACACUACCACUACCAAGACACGAAAGACAAGAAAAAACACACACACACACACACACACACACACACACUUCAAGACACACACCUAACACAUCGAGUCCUUCCUUCCUUCACACAUACACAUUUUACUGGUGCUGGAAACAUAAAAAUAUAUGGAACCCCUUAAAAAUUUAUCAAAUCAUGUCUGUGGCCUUUAAAAUACGAGCCAUUGAAGAGGAAAGAGACGUUAAUUAGGAAAAACAGAAAAAGGAAGAAAAUAACUCGAAAAAUAACAGCAAAAGAAGACAAACAAGAGGGAAUAGAAAGACACGUUGAAAAGGCAACUCUUCCUGACUCCCACCCAUCAAAGAAAAUAAAUAAAGGAGAAUUAUAAGACGAACUGACUUAAAGAAUACACGGGCCACAAAAUAGCAAGAUAAUGUCAGGAAUAUUUCAGAAUACGAGCCGAUGAAGAAAAGGUUGUUAGUAGAAGAGGUAGAGUUAUAAAGUGGAUAAACUGCAUCAAAGAAAACGUUGAGAUGAAGGAGAAUUAUAAGGUGGACUGCGUUAAAAAAGACACGGGACACGAGAUAAGCGAAAUAAUAACAGAAAAUAGAUACAGCUGGUAGGAAAAAUGGUCAAUGAAGAGAAUGGACCCCAACAAGGAUAUAAAUUGAAAAGAAUGAAGAUAAUGAAAAAAAAAAACACUGCCUUUGGUCUAGAAUGAGGACACUAAGAAAAUAAUGUAAAGAAAAUGCAAUAAGAAAUCAGAAAAGGAUAUUAAUGACAACGAUGAUGUAACUCGUUCAAUAAAAUGACAAAAAAUAAA